AUGGACAAAUAUCCUCCACCGAUAGCAAAGCUUUUUGCACCGAAACCGCCGCUCCGCCACCUGGAGCCUAUAGAUGUUGAACCUGCACUAAGGAAGACCAGAGAGGUGUCUGGGAUAGCUCAAUUCCUAGCGUUGUUGUCCAAGCCAGUAAACAACGAUGCUGAGCCAGCUGAAGCUGUAAAGUCCCGCAAAUCCGAUAAAGCAAAGAAAUUGGAACUUCAGCGAAGUUUUUUAAAGGAUGCUGUGGUCAAAUGGAACCCAGAAUCAGACCCCCAUAUCAACGGGGAUCCCUACAAAACGGUGUUUGUUGGAAGACUUGACUAUUCUGUGACGGAGCUAGACUUGCAGCAGAUAUUCUCAAACUACGGUGAAGUUGAAAAAAUACGCGUUGUGCGAGAUAAAGACAGCAACAACAGCAGCAGAGGAUACGGGUUCGUGCUGUACAAGCAUACACAUGACGCCAAGAUUGCCUAUGACAGGGCCAACGGGCUCAAGAUCAAAAACAGGGCCAUUGUAGUGGACAUUGAGCGUGGAAGAGUGGUGAAAAACUGGAAGCCGAGACGAUUGGGCGGUGGUCUUGGUGGUAGGACGGUCAAGUUGGCUCCCCAAUCACAGCUACCUUCACAUCCAACCCCGCGUUUUAGUUCCGGCGCAAACUCGUCUCAUGUUAGCCACAAUCGUAAUCCAUAUCCUUCUCAUGGUUACAAUCAAUCAGGCUACAAUGAUAGGGGUGGGUACCAGAACAGAUUCCCUCCACCUUAUAGAGGAAGAGGUGGAGGACGUGCCCGAGGAAGGUUUAGGCGGUGA